UUGAUUAGUUUCGACUGUGAACUGAUACCGGACGGACACGUGCGCGGCCCAUCGUUCCGGAUUAAGCUAAGGAGUCCCUAAGUUCUGUUGUGUGUUGCUCUCUACCAGUACUGAACUGUAGUGUGUGAGUCCUGAGGGGUGUGCAAUUGCCUUUUCGGAGUGUUGUAUCGGUCGAUGGAGGACCAUUAAGGUUAAUUUUAUGCACAUUCCGGACUGUUCUGGUGACGGGUGGUGAUUUCCGUGCUGAAAAGGAAGACAACUUCAGAGCGGUGCCGGAGGCAAAUGUGAGAAGUACACACCAGAGGAAAAACCGAAACCCCGAAGAAUAUACCUAUACAGUGAAAGGAAAAAAUAUAUAACACGAAGUAAAAAGUGAAAUGUGUGAAAGAUAUAUGAAAAGCCCACAAAAAGUAUGACUGUGAAUAAUCCAACAGCUAACGGAGCCAGCAAAAAGUGACUAAGGCUUCCACAUAGCGACGACCUUAUCUCCGUUUUUCUGUUCCGCUUCGGACGUUCUCAGCAGUGCCCAAUGAGGAAGCUCAUUUGAAUUAUGAAACUCGUUCGUGACCAUCCGAAGCCAAACAUGGUUGCAGCGGUUGUGACAAUGACGAAGGCAUCGUGAAGCCCCAAUCGAGUUGUGCUGAACCAAUUACCUUUGUCUGUGUUUUUGCGCUUUCGAGCACAAUCAUAAUUAAUUGAAAACUGUUUCAAUGGAAAUAAAAACUCCUCCCACGCAGCAGCAAGGACGUGGACUGCCUUCGUGAAAAUAUGUAUAAAUUAAAAAAGCACAGUGCUAGUGAACGUACAACGUAGCGGGAGUUCCCGGCGACUCUCGGAGAAACGCUCAGCUAUUCAAACAAUCGUCGAUGCGCACAAAAUGGUGACUAUCCAGCAACGGCGUAUCGUCAGCAAAACUCACUUCUAACUGGGACCGUGUGCAGUGCUACUUCACUACUAUGAACACGAAGCUGAGACUAAUUGCAUCGUUGAUUAACUUCUUCGUCAUUGCAGUGGCAGAUACCCUCAGUCCCGACCUCCAAAUGUACUGGGAGAACAGCAUGGUGCAUCCGUACUUCGAUAACACGACCAAACGAGACGUGACUGCCAUCGCAGGACAGACCUGCCAGCUGCACUGUCGAGUCAAAAGUCUGGGAGACCGAGCGGUAUCCUGGAUUCGGAAACGAGAUCUACAUAUCCUAACCGUUGGCAUACUGACGUACACCAACGACCAGCGCUUCCAAUCGCUCCACACCGAGGGCAGUGACGAGUGGACGUUACGGAUAACGUCUCCCCAGGCACGGGACUCUGGCGUCUACGAGUGCCAAGUAUCGACUGAGCCGAAAAUUAGUCAAGCCUUUCGGUUAAACGUAGUCGUUUCGAAAGCCAAGAUCCUAGGGAAUGCGGAAUUGUUCGUAAAGAGUGGUAGUGACAUUAAUUUAACCUGCGUCGCCCUGCAGUCGCCCCAGCCGCCUUCCUUCAUCUACUGGUACAAGGGCGGCCGAGUGAUCAAUUAUUCGCAGAGGGGUGGCAUCAGUGUGCUGACCGAGCAGCAAACUCGAACGAGCCGGUUGGUCAUUGCACGUGCAUCCCCAUCGGAUUCCGGAAACUACACUUGCACGCCGAGUAAUUCCGACUCCGCCAGCGUUGUGGUGCACGUCAUCAAGGGAGAACAUCCAGCUGCAAUGCAGCAUGGAGUUAAUCACGCAAAAAGGGUGCAUAAAUCAGAACAGAUCAUCGUAGUGCUCGCUUUGGCGUUGCUCUGCAUCCAGCUGCUGGACAGUAGGUUUCCCAACAGAUAAGGCCAAUCAUAAGGGGAUGCGAAACACGAAGCCGCUUCAGUUGACUGUUUUUUUCUCGCUUAGUAUAAAUAUGUACCAUAAACAGCAAACCAUCUACCCGUAGUGGCAUUCUAGAACCAGGAAAGGGCAGAACACCAAACAUCCAACUAGCAACAUCCCCAACGACAGUCGCCACACCACCAACCAGUCAGUCCCACAUAGGUAUAGCACCAUUUGAUAUUUCAUGCCGUCACACCGAGAGCAAGCAGCACACACCAAACCUACACGACGUAUGACGAGAUACACCCACAUGCAUAAUAACAUUCGCCAAUUUAACGUACGGCAACGACAAGGACGAGGACGACGACGAUGGGCGAAUGCGAGAGCGCCGCAGAUGAAGCACAUCACUUUUAUACGAUGUGACGAGGAAGAGGACAUCGUCGUUGUCACAACUAGAAUAGUAUAAUAGCGUGUGCAGAAAACCGGGACGAGCACAUUGUGAUGAUAAUGCUCCCAGAUGAUAACCUUGAGAAAUUGCCCUUUCCCACGUCCACCGCACCGGAGCUUUCCAACCACGACGGAAAUUAUUCCGACGAGGCUCCGGCCACUGCAGACGACAGGCGGCAACACUGCGAUGCGACAAAGGACCGGACGGAGCUGCUCCGUCGCAAGGAGAGCUUUGUUUUUCUUGUUGGAAAAUAGCAACGAAGUUGUGUACCGUCGUCAUCCAUAUCGCAUCAGUGGCAGCCCACGGCAAAUGAGUACGAAUUCCACACGUGCCAGCCUCAGCAAAAGUCACAACCGAGAAAGUUGUGCUUCGACGAUGAACGGCAUGCCUAUAGGAUAGUGUAUGGAAUCGCCGGAUGUGUCAUUUUGAAACACUUCCCCCCAAAGACACCAAAGGCAACAGCAACAACACACACCGGAGGAAAAGCAUUUUAUAAUGAUGGAUGGUGACAAGUACCUCCGCCGUCGUCGUCGUCGCAGGGGAAGAAACCCGAAAAGAUUCUCACAGCACAGCAGCGUGCGCUCCGAGAAGUGCUCGCGAUACUUUUGUGCAUAUGGCUAUAUGUAUAAGUUUAGGUAGUUACAUCGACUUGCACCGGAAUUUGUUACGUUAGAAUCUGUGUGUGUGAGAGUGUGCACGGCAACGGAACAGAAAGGCCAUGGAACCGAUACAUCAAAGUGGAAAAGUUUUCCCUCCCAGCACUGGCUAUUUUGGGGGUGUUCAUGAAGCCUCUCCAAGUAGUUCACUCGUUGCAGGAGUUGGAAGCAAUGACGUGUGAUAUUUGGUCCACGACCGACGACGAAGACGACAACGAUCCGCAUAUUGGAUGGGGUGGGCACUCUCUCCUGACUGAUGGGAUGGAUACACACAGUAUAUUACGUCAAAAAAUUGCUCUUGUCAUGCCAAGGACAAUCAACCUCCAUCAUGGUUUGUGGGGUCCUGUGUUCAGAUUUCUAUCGCAAAUUAGGAGGAAAUACCUUCCUUUCAAAAUAUGAAGAACCGUAAUGAACAUGCUUAUUCAUACUCUGACGGAGCAUGUUUACUGCUUGCUGGAGAUCAUUUUUGUUGGCGAAAAAAUUGCCAUCUGUAAAAAGGGUCAGCAAGAGACCGGAAAAUAAACUUUAAACUUUGUGGUCGACCUUAGGAAAAUUCAAUUUCAUUGGGUGAGAUGUUCGCGUAGGCAUAUUUUCUUUCAAAGAUUUUUCUUGUGGGUUCCCGGCGAGGAUCUUGAAGGAUGCCUACAAAGACCAACGCUGAAUUUGUGGAAGCAAAUUGAACGGUAUUGAGUUCACUGGACUGCAAAGUGGUGAGACGACAAAGAGUUUUCAACAUAGCUAUGGUCCUCGCAAGUCCAUACCUCAUGCUUCCACGGGUCAAUCGUUGACAAAGACCGCCAGAUAAGAGUUGUGUGCUUAGUUGGUAGUGCAACUUGGGCAUUGUUGUCCUUCUGACUUCACCUAGAUUGAGGAGGUACGUCCCGAGCGUCUGUUCAGCAUGGAGGUGCGGCUCAAACAGUGUCUGUUCUGGCAUCCAGCGGCUGAGUAAGAAAUGCUGCAUCACGUCCAGCUGAGGCCAAGGUGGUGAUAAUCAGCAUGGUCGUUCCAGUGUUAGUUGGUACGCUAAACAGAACUGGCACGAUGGCCCUCCGGUGAAAUAGGAGUGUUGGCGUAGGCCCCAUAAGCCACUAGAACAAAUCCCCAUUGCGAAUAACAAAGGAGAAAAUAUGACUGAAUACAAUCGGCAAAUGCCAGGGCCCGUAGUGUAGUGGCUACACGUUCACUUCCCAGCCAACCACAUAUCGUAAAUCAUUGUGUGGAAAAAUCGUAUAUUUUCAUAUAUUGAAUCAGAAUUGUAUAACAAUAUGUAUAUUUGUUGACAAUGAUUGCGUAAAAUCGCUUUCAUGCCAAAUUAAAUUUCAAUUGCGAUUUUGUUUCAUAUAGUCGUCUCCGAUCAUAAAAGGCGCGAGAGUGAGAUACUAUCGGUAGGAUCGCACAGAAUCGGAUAGAAUCGUGAAAAAAACAUACAUUCUUAGUGUCAAGCUGCAAGUUCGCUAACAUAGUAUAUAUGAUUUAUUUGAAUCGUGGAUAUCGUCGCUUCACAUCGUAUAUGAAUCUGCUAAAUCAAGCUUGCUACCUAAAGGUAUGAUGAAAAUCGGUGAAAUCGUAUACAACUAUAACAAUGUUGUAUAUUGAUCGUUUGCGUCACACUUGCGUUAUAUACGAAGUCAAUGAAAUCGUAGAAAUCGUAUAUUCAUUUUUACAGUCGCAUAUGAUUGUUACUGCACUUUUAAUAGUCGAAUCUUAAUCUCGGAAAUCGUAAAUGGUGUUGUUUACAUAUGUGUAUGAUGGAGAAAAAGAAAAAAAUGGUAUUCAUCACAAAUUUGUAUUUUUGUUGUUGUUGACACAUUCCAACCAUGGUAGCAAUAAUUUCAACCAACUGGAACCGGACUGGAAAAGGAACUAGAGCUACACAUUAGACCUGUUCACUUUUUUUGACCUACCCGUGUCACAUCAAAUUAUCAAUCCACAUGCAAAAAUAAGGCUUCAGUCCAAAAAUGAGCCAAAUUGAUAAAGGUUUAGAGGUGUAUCAAAUCGAUUUUGUGUUUUUUCGAGCAUUUUCACGAAAAUGUACUUCAAUAUCUAGAAAAUUGCACCAAAAAAGUACCGAAAAUACCGUUAAAAUAUAGUUAGAACAAUACUCUACAACUUUGCCGAAGACACUACGGUGUUUAAAUAGCGUAUUUCAAAGUUAUUCAACAAUUUUCGUUAAAAAAUCACGAAAAAAUACAAUAUUUUUACGAUUUUUCAUGUAAAAGUCAUGUAAUUUUAUAUUGUUUUAAGUGACUAAUUUUAUGAGCUAUUGCUCCUAUGUGUUACGAACAUUUCGUCCAUACAUUAUUUUAGGGUAGAAAUUUGUUUUCAUUGACUAAUUAUCAAAAGUUUGUCACGUUGAUACUAAAAAUUGUACAGAGUUGCCAGCAUAAAAUAAAACAAAGUUACCCAUGAUUUAAACGUCAUUACUCUUCUUUGUCUCAUCUGCAUCAGUUUAAAUUUGGUUCAGUUGGUUGAGCAUGAGAUUGUGGAUUCGAAGAUUCAAGGUUCGAGUCCUGGAAUAGCAUUUUUUUGCGUCUCGAUCCUGCUAUAAGUUGAUGAAACUACGCACUGCAUCUCAUGGCAAUUUGGCAUCAUAGCAUUGUUUCGAAACUGUAGAGUGCAUAGUAAGAAUGAAGUUUCCCUUCAUCGUGUAGUUAUGCUGAUUUGUUGGUAGAUAGAUAACAAGUAAGCUGCACUCACAGUUGUCUGUAAAAUGUUGCAUCCAGAAGCAGUUCCAUCAUCGUAUAGAAUUGUUUUAGCUAAAUUGAUCAUUAUCAAACAGAUGCUCAAUAUUUCGCCCAGCUGAUCUCGUUGACACGAUUGCCAACAAGUAUAAACUAAAUAUUUAGCUAGUCCUGGAAUGGGCUUAAUUGGCAGGUCCCGAUCAUUUAUAUUUGGGAGAUUGCGUGUUAGUCAUGGCAGAUUCAUCAUCCUAACUGCAGCAAAGAAAAAAAAAAGUUGAUAGGGCAGGAUCGUGGCUUCCGGCUGGGAUUGAGGUCACACACGGGUGGAACACUACCGGGGCCGGUCUCUAUCGGCGGAACUGGGCACCACAAGAUUCACCACACAAAAACUACUAGUUUUACACUUCUGGAUUCACUUUAUUAGGCGUUUUGGAAAAGAACUUUAUUUCUCGAAGGUUCGAUUCUUACUGACUAACUUUAUUACGUUGUGUGAAAUCUUUCCUUUUCAAUUUGCUAUAAAAAUACUACCAUAAAAUUAAAUAUUUCAAAUUGCUACCAACUAACUGACAGCACGGUUACUGUAGCGUACCUGCUUUCGACAGCUAACAGUUUGAGAACUGUCAAAAGUUUAUCAUGUAUUUGAGCUUGAACCUGGGACCUUCUGAUCCGCAGGCUCGAGCCUUACCAUCUGCACCAUUUCUGAUACUUAAAUCAAUAGACAUUAGAAUACGAUGGCAUGACGUCCUAAUCAUGGGUAACUUUGUUUUUAACUUUGCUGGUAACUCUGUGCGAUUUUUAGUAUCAAUGGGACAUACUUUUGAUAAUUAGUCAAUGAAAACUAAUUCCUACACAAAAACGAUGUAUGGACGAAAUGUUCGUUACACAAAGGAGUAAUCGCUAAUAAAUUUAGUUACUUUAAACAAUGUAAAAUUACAUGACUUUUAUAUGUAAAAUCGUAAAAAUAUCGUGUUUUUUCGUGAUUUUUUACCUAAAAUUGUUGAAUAACUUCGAAAUACGCAAUUCAAACACCGUAGUGUCUUCGGCAAAGUUGUAGAGUAUUGUUCUAACUAUAUCCUAACGGUAUCUUCGGCAUCUUUUCGGAGCAAAUUUGUGAAUUUUUGAGUAAAUUUCUGUGAAAACGGCUAAAAAAACACAAAAUCGAUUUGAUACACCUUUAAAUCUUCAUCAAUUUGUCUCAAUUUUGGACUGAAGACUUGGUUUUACAUGUGGAUUGAUAAUUUGAUGUGUCACGGAGAAUCGGAGAAAAAAAGUUUCAAAGUGAACAGGUCUACUACACAUCCAACAUCCUGCUCAUCAUUCUACCAUGGACAGGGUAGGAAAGUGACAGCAGCCCAAAAGCCAUCAGUUCGAUAUAGUAGAAUUUGAAUAGAAUACAUUUAGGCGCUGUCCGAAGUGUAAGUGCAGUCGCCAAUUGGAAUCGCUCACGCACUACCCUAGUGGACAAAAGCGGUGUAAGUUAGGUUAAUUGGUUGAAGAAUAAAAACAAUCGGCAAAGACCCACGCGACGGAAAACGUACAGUCGGGUCUCCUAUUAAACGUUGCCGCCCACCGCGUUUUCCAAGUUGUCUUCUAAUCAAUUAAGUUCAUUUUUUGUACAGUGUCGGACAAAAUAAUAAGACCAGCGGUCCUAUUUCAUACAAAAUGACAAAGUUUGACGAUAUGGUACUCGGUUUCUAGUAAACCGAUUUGCCUGAAAUUUUGACAGGCGACUUGGAAUUACGGGAAUUUUGAUUUGUAUUAAAUUGAUUAAGUUCUGUUCACUACUUCCAAAGUUACAGAUAUACGGUGCGACAAAAUUCUAACACCAGAUUUUUAUGAUGGUUAUUCGUUGCCAAUUCAAUAAAAAUAUCCCUAAUUUCAGUACUUGUUUAUCAAUCAUCAAGUAUCAGAUACUUUCAAAUAUUCUUUGGUAAUGGUAAUCUGAAAGCGGUCCUAUUAUUUUGUCUUUUCGUAUGUCUGUAACUUUUGAUGUAGUAAACAGAACACAAUCAAUUAAAUACAAAUCAAAAUUCACGUAACUCCAUGGCGGUUGUCGAAAUUUCAGCCAAAUUGGUUCACUAGAAACCGAGCAUCAGAUCGUCAAACUUGGCCAAUUUGUAUGAAAAAUGGCUGGUGGUCUUAUUGUUUUGUCCGACACUGUAUGUGAUGAGUCUAGUAAACACCAACUGCACUAAAAAAAAUCAGCUGAUGAAAGAUUACAUAAUUUUUUCAUCAUUUGCCAUUAAAAUCUGAGUUGUGCCCCAAUUACAGGAAACCGACGAUAAGAGCCAUUCUUCUUCUUCUUCUUUCUUCUUCUUUAUGGCUCUACGUCCCCACUGGGACUUGGCCUGCCUCGCUUCAACUUAGUGUUCUUUGAGCACUUCCACAGUUAUUAAUUGAAGGGCUUUCUUUGCCUGCCAUCGCAUGAAUUUGUAUAUUGUGAGGCAAGUACAAUGAUACACUAUGCCCACUGCCCAGGGAGUCGAGAAAAUUUUCCAGAUUGGCGAUCCAUAGCCUUAACCACUAGGCUAACUGGAGACCCCUAAGAGCAUUCCCUGCCACUAAAUGCAUGGUGAUCUAACUACUCUGUCAAUGCAUAAGCCUGGUCCUGAACCAGUGUAUUUGAGUGUGUGUGAGCAUUUCUAACAUUUACGCCGCCUCUCUAACAUUUGACUUUUUAAUUAUUGUGAAUAACCCGGGCCACGUGGACACUGCCAGCAUAAAACUGACAGCAUAUUCCUACACUGAGAAUAAAAUGGGUUUGAGAAAUUAAAAAACUUGAAUUUCAACAAUAACAUCCCCAACAGUAACAACUUCGACAUCGUGGCACUACAUGAACUAUGUUGGAUUAGACAGAAAGUCUGGAAAAGCAGGCAUCGAGCGGCUACCUUCUACCAAAGCUGUGGUACCACCAAAAAAAUGGGAACAGGCUUUAUAGUGUUGGGCAAGAUGCGACAACGUGUGAUCGAGUGGCAGCCGAUAAUUGUAAGGAUGUGCAUGUUGAGAAUUAGGGGUCGUACCUUCAACUACAGCAUCAUCAACGUGCACUGCCCACACGAAGAGCGAUUUGAUGAUGAGAAAGGAACGUUCUACGCGCAGUAAGAACAAACAUACGCUAUUUGCUUGCCACGUGACGUGAAAAUCCUUGUCGGUAUCAUGAACACGCAGGUAUGGGACAGGAGGAAAUGUACAGACCGGAAAUCUGGCGAAACAGCCUGCCAGCUACACUUGAAGAUAGCUGGAGAGGCAUCCGAUCCGCCUUAGGUAGUACCUCGGCUGCAGCACUAGGCUUCGCGACCCCAAAUCACAAGAAUGACUGGUACGACGGCGAAUGUGAAUAGUUGAAAAACGAAAAGAAUGCAGCAUGGGUGAGAAAGUUGCAACACCGUACGAGGGCGAAUGAGGCACGUUAUAGACAGGCGCCAAAAAGGCAGAACUCAGUCUUCUGGUGGAAGAAGCGCCAGCAGGAAGAAUGAGAUCGCGAAACGAUGGAAGAACUGUACCGCACUAAGGAUUCAUGGACGAUCUACGAGAAGCUGAACCGCUGGGGCAGAGGUUUUGUGACACAAACCGUAAUAUGUAGAAAAAAUCAAGGGUCUCUUCUCACGAGCGAACGUGAGGUGGUGAAAAGGUGGCAGUGGCAACACGAUGAACACUUUAGUGGUGAUGUUGCAAGCACCGAAGGUAGCGUGGUACCAGACGCAGGAGUGCGCGAGGAAGACGAAAGACUUUCGGCCCCUAAUCUCCAAGAGAUUGAAAAGGUUUUCCGGUUGAAAACAACAAAGCUGCUGGAGCAGAUCAACUACUAAGCGUGUUUCUAAAAUACGAUGGAGAAGCAUUGGUGAAAGCACUACACUGGGCCCAUCCUGUGUCCCAUCUACAAAAAGGGCAACAAGUUGGAUUGCGGGAACAAUCGCUGCGAACACACUACUGAGCGCUGGCUAUAAGAUCCUCUCUCAAAUGUUAUGCCGCCUUCUAUCGCCGAUUGUAAGAGAGUUGGUGGGGCAAUAUCAGGCUGGAUUCAUGGGAUUCAACGAAUUUCAACGGACCAGAUGUUCGCCAUCCAUCAGCUGUUGCAGAAAUGCCUUGAAAAUCCUUGAUGGGCUACAACUCGUAGCGGUGAGUCUACGCCGAAUGAAGUAUCCGCUUCCACUGGUCUCGGUCCUGGGCCAAUCGCUUCCAGUCGCCCUGAACGUGUAGAAUCCUUAGGUCCUCCUCAACUGCAAAAGCCAACGUGUGCGUGGAAUUCCACGAAGUCGACGACCCCUUCCUGGUUCUCUUCUGAAUAUAAUUUUAGCUUGUCGUUCCUCCGGCAUAUGAGCUACGUGUCCAGCCCACCGCAGCCUGCCGUGUUGUAUUCGCUUCACUAUAUCCAUCUCUUUAUAUACCUGGUACAAUUCGUAGUUCAUGCGAUGCCGCCAGAUGCUGUCCUCCAGUUUACCGCCGAGUAGUGUUCGCAGCACUUUACGUUCGAAGACUCCAAAGGCUCUUCUUCUUUUAACGUCCACGUUUCAUGACCGUAUAAAGCGACCGGGAGAAUCAGAGACUUGUACAACGCGAGUUUUGUCUUCGUUUGCAGCCUGCGUGACCUCAGCUGGUUUCGCAGACCGAAAAAGGUCCGAUUUGCAGCCGCAAUCCGUCUUUUCACCUCGCGGGUAAAGCCUGCGCACUUUAGAAUCGGUACGCUUUCUACCGGCUGCAGAUCAAAAACGGUUUAACCUAGAAAAAAAUGUUGUAUGAAGCAAAUGAAGCUUAUUUAUUGUAUUUUGUAGGAAAAAUAUGAAAAAAUCAGUUUUUAUUUCUUCAAGAUAAAAUUUUGGCCUGAUUGUGAAAUUCAUGCCAUUUUAUUCUGCACAAACCAAUGAUCGUCAAUAUUUUCAAAUUUCACAGCUUACGGGCUGAUAUUUCCACAAGAAACAAAAUUAUACUCAUAAAACAUAUGCUCAAAACAAGUUACGACAUUAAACUCUUGACAAAUAUGGUUCACAAGACCAUAAUAAACUUAUAGCCUUAUUGUCCAUUCACAUAAUUUUACUCAAACUAUUUUUUUAUGAAAAAAUAUUUCCUGAGAUCGUUUUUUGAAUCUACAAUUCCCCAAUUCAAGUGGCCCAAAUUAAUUCAUAUCGAAACCUGGAUUAUUUUUGGAAUCAUAAGCAGUUUUCUCUCACAGUAGUCGGAAAUUAACAGUCAUAGGGCUAACUCCUCAUAAUAAGCCUAAAAUAAGAUAGUUUUCAUGGAUAAAACACUGAAAACCAUAUAGAUUAUGGAACUAUAGAUGUGAUUCUAUGAUCACAAAUAAAAAAACUUCUGAGUAGAUUCAGUUUUAUUAAAAAAAAUCGUUAGGUAUUUCACGCCAUCAAAACACAUCCAAUGAAUUUCGUCAGCAAUAGUCCAUACAGCUUUCGAGCCACGAUUAUUUAUAUUGCACUGCAUGAAAUCAUUGGUUUCUUCUAUACCAAUACUAUUCGUAUAGUGUCCUUCCCGUAUGCGCAUUUGCCGAACUAAAGCUUAUGCGAAAACAACUUUUUUGACCUUAAAUAUCUAUGCAAGUCUUUGAUUUUCCAUAAAACCCUUCAAAGGCUUACCAAAGCUAUAUUGGAAAUUUUAAAACACUCAUGGAAUAUUUUACCUCCCUUAAUCAACAAUCAUAAUACCAAGAACUAUUCUAUACUGCGUAAUUGGUGGGUUUGAUAAUUAUAUAUUCCUACACAAAUCUUGAAUCUGACAAUGAUUGGUUUUUGCUCAAUGUGUGCAGAAAAAUCUGGCACUAUUUACGAAUUCAGAUCAAUAGUUCAUCUAAAAAUAUAAAAACAGAAAAUUUAAUAUUUUCCCUACAAACUACAAUAGAUAAGCUUCAAUUGCUUCUAACAACACUUUUUUCCAAGUGACACCGUUUUUAAGUGGCAGCCGGUUGAAAGUGUACCGAUUCUAAAGUGCGCAGGCUUUAACAUCAUUAUCGCACGUCACUAGAGUACCAAGAUAAACAAAUUCAUCCACAACUUCAAACUUUUCACCACCUAGCACCACUUCGUAGCCACUACCACGGCCGGACCGACGUUGACCACCAGCAAUCAUGUACUUAGUCUUUUUGGUGUUAAUCGUAAGUCCAAUCCUCGCAGUCUCCCUCUUAAAAGGUACGAACGCCUCUUCCACGGCCCGACGGUUGAUUCCGAUGAUGUCGAUAUCGUCCGCGAAGCCCAGGAUCAUAUGCGACUUCGUGACAAUGGUUCCGCUCCUGUGCACACCAGCUCUCCUUAUCGCUCCUUCCAGUGCUAUGUUGAACAGUAAGUUCGAAAGAGCAUCGCUCUGCUUCAGUCCGUCAAAGGUUACGAACGAUGACGAAAUUUCAUCCGCAAACCGUACAGUUGAUUUCGAUCCGUCAAGCGUCGCACGAAUCAGUCUUAUCAGCUUCGCCGGAAAUCCAUGUUCGAUCAUAAUCUGCCAUAACUCGUUUCUCUUCACUGAAUCAAAUAGAAAUUAAGAAUUUCAUUGUUACAGACGUUAUUUAUUAUAAAUUUUACUGUAAAAUUUGGUCUACGUAUUGAUUGACGACAAAUAAAUCAAUCGUACGCCGUCUUGAAAUCAAUAAACAGAUGAUGGGUCUGCAAGUUGUACUCCCGAAAUUGAUCGAGAAUCUGCCGCAGGGUGAACCUCUGGUCCGUCGUUGAUCGGCCCUCACGAAAUCCUGCCUGAUAUUCGCCGACGAAGGACUCCUCAGUCGGCCUCAGCCUGUGGAACAGAUCUCCGGACAAAAUUUUGUACGCUGAAUUGAGGAGUGUUACUCCUCUGUAAUUCGCGCACUCUAGUCGAUGCCCUUUCUUGAAAAGCGGGCAAAUGAGACCAUCCAACUAACUAGCAGGCAGUUCUUCCUCUUCUCAUAUCUUUAAUAUAAUACGGUGUAAGAGUUGAUACAGCUGCUCACUACCGUGCUUGAGAAGCUCGGCCGGGAGUUCGUCCUUCCCAGCAGCCUUGUUGUUCUUCAGUCCCGUAAUGACUGGCGUCUAGCGUAGGAGGUUCCACAGCUUGUCCGUCGUCAUCGUUUCGAAUUCGGUCCGUCGCUCUUUCACUCCCACCGUUCAACAAUACCUCGAAGUGCUCUCUCCACCUGGCAGCCACCAUUGUCUUAUCUGUCAGCAAGUUUCCAUUACGGUCGUUUCACAUGACGGGAGAAGGCGCUGUUUUUCUCCGCACGCCAUUGACAGUUUCGUAAAAUCUCCGCAUAUCAUUCUGUUCCAUACUCUCUUGCGCCUGAGCAAUCACAUUUUCCUCGUACUCUUUUAUCUUUUUGCGGUGGAUUCGUUUUUCGGCUACGCUUGCUUCCCUAUAUCGCUCCCUGUUCUGCCGGGUCCCCGACACCAACAUCCGGCUUCUGGCAACAUUCUUCUCGUCCGUAACCCUCUGGCACUCCUCAUCGAACCACCUGUUUCUAGGUCGUCUUUGAGCAGUACCUAUCACCUCCCGCGCUGCUGCACUCAUCGCUCCGUGGACAGACUCCCACAGAGUGUUGAGAUUAUCGCUCUCUUUAAUCUCACUUAUCCGCUCGUCCAGCUUCUGGUGAUAGUUAGCUACCGUACCGUCUGCUGAAAACCGCUGGAUGUUGAAACGCAUCGAUCGCCGGUUCCUAGAGUCCGACACGGUUGAUAACCGAGCUCGAAUCUUACUAACUACGAGAUAGUGAUCUGAGUCGAUGUUGGGACCUCGAGAAGUUCUAACAUCAAUUACGUCCAAGAAAUGUCGGCCAUCUACCAGCACAUGGUCGAUUUGUUUGCAAUUAUUGCCGUUUGGGUGUCUCCAAAUGUGCUUGCGGAUAUCCUUGCGUGCAAAGUAGGUGCUACUAAUGGCCAUCCCUCUGGCGGCAGCAAAGUUGACUAAUCUCAGGUCGUUGUCAUUAGUGACGGAGUGAAGGCACGGAAAAAAUCCUCUCUUCCGACCUGCGCGUUGGAGUCACCGAUGACAAUCUUAACCCGGGAGCGGUCGCGUCGUGUACUGAGCACACGCACCAUGAAAAAAGCACACUUGUGGUACACAGCGUGUGCGAGGUGUCGCUGAGGGUGGUCGAAGACGCAACUGCUCGAGGGUUAACGUCGUGUUUUGGGCAUUCUCCAUAGGUCUUGUCAAGACAUUCAUAAAACGCAUCCUUCACAUCAUCGGUUUUCUCGUUGGUCAGCGCAUAGGCAUUGAUCAGGCUGUAGUUAAAGAAUUUGCCCCGGAUCCUCAAUACGCAGAUCCGCUCGUUGAUCGGCUUCCACCUCAUAAGGCGCUGUCCAUAAACUACGUAGACUCAUUUUUGGCUAUCUCAGACACCCCCCCCCCCCCCCCGCUACCCCCUUGACUUUUGUGCAUACAACAAUUUGAAAAUUUGUAUGGAGCGUAGACUUUUGCCAGAAACCCACCCCUCCCCUUUGAGUCUACAUAGUUUAUGGACAGGCCCUAACUCGCUUCAUCUCUCCCUCUCGUAACGUCCUCACUGGGACGAAGCCUGCUUCUCAGCCUGCACAGUUAUUAACUGAGAGCUUCCUCUGCCAAUGACCAUUUUGCAUGUGUAUAUCGUGUGGCAGGCACGAAGAUACUCUAUGCCCAAGGAAGUUAAGGAAAUUUCCUUUACGAAAAGAUCCUGGACCGACCGGGAAUCGAACCCGUCACCCUCAGCAUGGUCAUGCUGAAUACCCGUGCGUUUACCGCCUCGGCUAUAUGGGCCAACUCGCUUCAUCUAUUUUCCGAUCACUAUGAAUCCGACCCCAUGGCAGAUUAUGCACGGAUACGGAGGUCCGGAUAAACUGACACGAUAGAUCAGAGCUACAAUGGAUCAAGUGAUGUGCGUAGUUCGAGUACCAGGGAAACUCUCGAGUCCCUUCGUAUCUCAUAGAGGCUUACGGCAAGACGAUGAUCUUUCGUACUUGUUGUUAAACAGGUUUAAUAUGGUAACGGACGUAUUUUGGCCCGGGGCAGGUAUUUUGGUCCCCCUUGGGAAAUUUAUUACAUUUAUCAUAUAAUAUCUACAAAUCUUGACAAAUGAUUAUUGGAAGUUCUAAAAAUAAUUUGUCAAAAUUUUGUAGAGACUAUAUGAUAAAUGUAAUAAAAUUCCCAAGGUGGGCCAAAAUACGUCCACUACUCCAGUGUUGCAUUUGAACGCGAUCAAUUUACGUUCAUGUUCAUAUUCGGCACGCUGCGAUCAAAACGAUUUGAACUGGAUUUGGCUUGGAAUGGAUCACCGUUUAAAGUCGAUUUCAAACGACUAAGAACAGUUAUAUGAUCUCAGUGUCAGGCGAUCGCAGAAGGCUCAUCAAAUUAUGUAUGUCCUUGCUCGCGAGCUCUUCAGGCUACGAACUUCCAUUGGGCGUUCGGUUACCAUGGAAGAAGUCAAUGAAUGUUUUCUAACCUUCGACCGUCAGUCGGUACUGAAUCGAUGGUCGUGAAGGUCGCAGAGGGAAGGAACACAAUCUAACAUUUGCUAGUAUUUUCUUCGAAAAGUAGUGCACAAAACAUACUAGAAUGUACAGUUGCAUCUGAAAAAAAAAACUAUUCUAGUGGAAAAAUUGCUAACGAUUGGCUACAUAUGUACAUGCUUAAAAAUAAUUCACAAUUUUGAUGCGUUUUAAAUUGAUUUUAUGAUUCCGCCAAAACAACUUUUCCUGGUACUUGUGAAUGUAAAAAUGCUGUUUUUUUUAACUGGAUACGCUGUGAACUCUAAGUUCAGUAAAAAACUGUCGAAUACAUGCUACCGACAAGCGACGGAAGGAAGAUUUGAUAUUGAAUGUGUCAAAGAAAUUAAGUUUCGUGAUUUUUCAACCGGCACAAGUUUCACGAAUCUUUCAUAAAGAUUUCAACGAUGUAUCAUUUUAAAUAUUGGAUAUUAAUGUUUUCGAAAACGAAUCACAACUGAACGAAGUGCAUAAUUUGACCCCCCGGCCCCGUCAUCCUCCAUGUGAUUUUUUGACGUAGGACUACGUCUCUCUUUUCUAUACCGGGUGUCAUUCUAAAUUUUCAGAAAUCGGCCGCGUUACGUUUGAAGUGGAGAUUUUGAGCGUUAAUAACUCAGCCAUUUCUCGUUGAAUUUUCAAAAUUUUGGCUCCAAUUGAUUGGUAAUCUUUACACCAAUUAUGUCCAAUAUUAACAAUUGCUGAUUUUCAAUAACAAACUAUUGAAAAAUUGGGAAAAGUGAACCCAUGUUUAUUCCAGCCAAUCACGAUCGAGCACAUUUUGGAUGCUCCCGUCGAAUAUAAAAGCUACUGCUUCUUCGCAUCUUCCCUCAUUUGUCUUUGUCGUCUCGAGGUGAACGCAUCGAACGAGAGCUGCUCACUUUCUUUGUUUGUGUUUUCGCUCAUUCUUCUUUGACGGCCGUGUCGGCUCGGUGUCGGUGCGGUGGUUGUCGGCAAGGGUGCUGUUGUACAUUCGCCUUCUAACCGUCUAACGCAACAGACCAAGGAAGGAAUACUUUUCAUCGAUUGUUCGGCGGUGGUGGCAGAGGCAGCAGCAAAAUCCGGAAUCGCACCCACGGCAGCAAGCGGCGGGCCAAUUUUCGACGGCUUCCAGCAAACAGCACGGAGAAAUCCAACACGCAUUGCGUGGCAUGAUAAAUUCAUGUCAAUUUUCUGUCUGAAAUCGUCCAAUAUUCAAACGGUUCUUUUCAGAACCAUAGAAAAUUAUUCCUCAAGAGUUGUGAAUCAGAUACAUAAUUAUUUAAUUCCAUCGCUCGGUAGAAGUGUGGUGCAACCGAAAAGUGAAAAACUGUAUGUUUGGUUGCCCCGCAACAAUAAUGAUGCCGGCCACUAAUGAUUCCACCAGGAAUUUAGCAACGUUUUAUCAUACCCAGACCAUUUUUCGUGAAACAUUGUUUGAUUUAACCAUUUUUCGAAUUUAAAUUAUCCAAAUCUUCCAAUAUUUUGGUUGCUUUAUUCGUUGAAUGAAAAUUUUCUCAUUUCUCGGUUGAUUAACCGUUUCAAGCGUCUGGUGCAUGCGGGGCGGGGCAUGCAAUCGAAAUAAACUGGAAUCCAGUCAAAUGGGAGGAGCUUCAUCUGCUAAUCUAGGGACAUAAAAGCUGUUCCCCCUGAUUUCUUUCGUCAUUUUCGUUGGAUCAGUCAAGCAGGGUGGAUGUCACCUCCACAGCUGAGCAGUGGCACAUCAACCCAGCCGCAACUCUCGGCUAUCGUGCGGAUAGCACCAGGAAUCUCAUCCAUGGCAGAAAGCGGCGUACCAGUUUUCGGUGGCAUCCUGUAUUUAGCAAGGAUAAAACCAACACGCAUUGCGUGACAUGAUAUUUUCAUGCCAUUUCGUUCCUAAAACCGUCAAUUAAUCAAACGGCCCUUUUCAGGACCACCGAAAAUAUUUCCUCAAGAGUUGUAAAUCAGAUUAUUUCAUUCCAUCAAUCGAGAAAAAUGUGGUUCAAUCGAAAAAUGAAAAAUUGAAUUCCGGUCACUAAUCGUUCCACCCAGAAUUUAGCAACGCAUUGUCCUAUCAGAACCACUUUUCGUGAAGCACUGGGGAGCUUCCAGAAAUUACGUCACGUUUAAAGGGGGUGGGGGGGGGGGGUCAGCAAAGUGUGACAACCCAUACAAAAAUUUCAGAGGUCCCAUACAAAAAGUGUGACAUAGGGAUGAGGAGGGGUUGAAAAUGACUAAUUUUUGUGUGCCUUAAUUUAAGGACGAUCCCUUGUUUAAUUCUAGCAUUUUUCGAAUUAAAAUGAUCUAAAUCUUUUUAUAUUUUGGUUACUUUAUUUUAAGUGAAAUUUUCUCUCAUUUCUUGGUUGAAAAUCGUUUGAAGCGUCCGAAGCAUGCGGGGCGGGUCAUGCAAUCGAAACAAACUGGAAAGCCAGCCGAAUGGGAGGAGCUUCAUCUGCUAACCUAGGGGCAUAAAAGCUGUUUCCUCUGAUUUCUUUCGUCAUUUUCAUUGGAUCAGUCAGGGAGGGUGGAGGUGGAUAUCACGUCCACGGCUGCGCAGCAGCAUGUCAACUGCGACGAGUGAUAGCACCAGGAAUCUCAUCCACUGAUCACGGCUGCGGUGGGCCCGGCAAUGGAAGUUACCUCCGCAGCUGGGUAGCUGCGCACCAACCCAGCGACGGCUCUCGGCUAUCUAUCUGAUAGAACCAGGAAUCUCAUUCACGGCAGCAGGCGGCGGCAGUUUUCGAUGGCUUCGAUUGUCUUUCUAAAAUCAACCGUUAUUUGAACGGACCUUUUCAGGACCAGAGAAAAUUAUUCCUUAAGAGUUAUGAAUCGGAUAAUUUUCGGAUAUAUUCCAACAAUCGGUAAAAGUGUAGUGCAUUCGAAAAGUGAAUGGUUGAAUGCUUGGUGGCUCAGAAACAGCAAAAUCGAUCACUAAUCUUUCUACCCGAAAUUUAGCAACGCGUUUUCUUAUUCGGAGAAUUGUACCUGAAACAUUGUUUGAUUCUAAUAUUUAUCGAAUUAAAAUGAUCUUAAUUUUUCAAUACUUCGAUUAGUUUAUCCGUUCGAUUCGAAAUUGUCUCAAAGGACGGUUGCAGUAGUUUGAAGCGUCUGACACAAUGUGGGCGGGUCAUGCAAACGGAAUAAACUGGGAAGCCCGCCGAAUGGGAGGAGCUUCAUCUGCUAAUCUAGGGGCAUAAAAGCUGUUUCCUCAGACAACUUUCGUCAUUUUCCAUGGAUCAGUCAAGGAGAGUGGAGAUGCCACCUCCCAGCUAGGCAGCAGCACACAAACUCAGCGAUGACUCUCGGCUAUCGUGGUGGCAGCAUUAGGAAUCUCAUCUACGACAGCAAACGGCCGCAUUCAGUAUGGGUAAAAUCGCAUUGCGUGAUGAAUUCAUGCAAUUGUCUUGCCAAAAUCUUCCGUUUUAUAAACGGUCUUUUCCAGGAUCAGCGAAAAUGAUUCCUCAAGAGUUAUGAUUCGGAUAAUUAAAAGCGACAGAUUGAAAGCAUGGUAGUUCAGCAAUAGUGAAGUGGCUACUAAUGUUUUUCCUGGAUGAAAACAACGUAUUCUCGAAAGAGUUUCACGUUAAACUUUCGUUGAAAAGAUCUAUUUAACGCCGUUCAAUUAUCUAAUAAUUUUAUCCGCUCGAUGAAAAUUCUCUCGUAGAACAGUAAUUUAACCAUUUCUCUUCAAAACGAAAUAACUCUUGAACUAGUCAACAUCUUUCCAAGUAACCGAACCAGCUGAAUAACAGCUUCUUGAGCUAAAGUUAGCUUAAGAGUGAUUUGUUUUACUCUUAUACAGCAAAAAUGUGUGUUGGGUUGUGAAUGCGUUCAGCGAAAGCGAUCACACAACAACUUUACUCAACACAUCAGUCCACCAUUUGUAUUAUCAUAACAACAAACAUUGUAUUAUGGAAAUACAAAAGUCGGAAUCUCGUUCCAGCCUUUGUCCUACGUCAACAUUGCGGUUAUGUCUCAGACAUUACCCACUCCUAGUUUUUUAGUUUCAACGCACAAGCAUCAAGAACAGACUUUGUCCUCCUCUAAUAGUUGGACGAAGUUAGGGCUCCUACUUAGGCAAAUGGUGUUAUUGACUCGGUUAUUGGGUAAUGAAUACAUGGCCCCUCCCCUUGGAACGCAAGCUAGUUGAGGUUGAGCAGAUCACAAACAUGGUUACAUUCCAAGUGGCAGUUGGCUCGAUUUCUCUUAUGUCCAUAACUGAUUGAUCAAACCGAUUUCUUAUGCCCGCUUCCUGUAAGUUUCUGAAAAUGUAAUUUCAGCAAUUGUCAUGACAAGUACUCAUCUGCAAUAAAAAUUCAAACAAGUAUUUAAAGGGAAGAUUGCUAUUACUAUUCAAAAUAACUUGCAAAUCCAACUUACAAUUUCAAGACUUACAUACGCUUGCGCUAUCAGUCAUGACGGUUAAUCUAUCCGAUGGUCGAGGCGCAUGACGGUCGAAUAACAAGAAAAGUCGUUAUGGUUACCCAUGGCUUCUAGGUCGUGUCGUUGUGCUUUGCGUAUGCGAUGUAUGGUUGCUAACAUCACGUUCAUUGGCGACGCAUCAUAUGAGCAGAAGCGUAGCUUGCUUGUGAGCUUCGUGACCAAUGCCAAGCCUGGUUCAAAAUUUGGAACGCGAGCGAGCUCGAAAUCGAACGCACCUUGAACAAUGAGCAAGAACUGCACCAGUAUAUUGCCUACAUGCUAACAUGGUACCCUGGUACCCGCUAAACUGAAAUGGUCGUAUUUCUGUCAUUUUUCGCCAAUUCUAGCAAUCUUGGGCUCAUUGGAUUCAGAAUCUGGCCUUCUAUUGUGAGGGGGAACCGGUCCGGUCACCGUGGAUUGCGGAUAAUCCGUAUUUCGAUGCAGAAUCUUAAUGCCCGAUGCCACAAUGUCCUAGGUCAUAUGGCGCAUUUUUCCAUGCAACAACGAGUGUAUACAAAUGCGUUACAAAGUCCUAGGAGAGAAGGCAUAUGGGAUAUGAUGACGCAUCCAAGCUUUUGGACAUUAUUUCGCAUAAACACGCGCCAUAAGGACCGAGGCGUUGUCACACCGGACGUUUUGAUCUGCUUCCUUCCCAACCCCACAAUGCAAUGUAUGUACGUAUACUAAUAUGGUAAUAUGUGGUCAUGUUCCAUGAAGUCUGAUUUGUACGGAACUCUGGACGACUGGACCGAUUAAUUAGCUUUACAUAUCGAUAGAAUAAUGCAUUAGAACAUUGAGCCGAAUGGGGAUCUGAACGGGCGUUCUUGAGCAGUGAAAAGCUCCGACACGCAAGUUCAAUGUUUACUGCGUUCACGUUCAUUUUUGGCUCGCGUUCAGUUCAAAUGCAACACUGCACUACUCUAAGGGUAGCGGAGAUAAACACAAGUGGUACGAUUUUCACGAAGUCCUUUCAGUUUCUUGGUUUUGCCAAUGAUAUGAUAUGCUAGCUCGCAAAUUUGAGACGACAUCAGAGUCCACCGAAGCACGUGAAUUUCUUUUCGCAAUUUAAAUCUCAAUCUGUUCGUCAAACACAUGUUUCUGUUGUGUACAUAAAUGUCAAAGGAUUUCGACAUUAUAAUUUUCACUUGACUUGGUCGGCCAAAGUAAAAAUCUAAAAAUUGGUUGAUAUUUUUGAAAUCUAUGGAAAACACUUUUUGAGCAUCCCAAGAAAAAGUUGCUUGUUAGCAGCACCUUCCCAAAACACCGUUAAACCGAUAUUAUCAUCGAUACCAGAAGCACAAGUUGCGGUGGAAAAGGUAUUCCAAUCUCAUCGCAUCCCAUGGAAUGGAAAGUUUAACCAAAGUCGAUACAUUUGGUUCAAUCAAUAUACCGGUGCUCCAUUUAUUUUCCCCAUAUCCCACAACGUUAGGCGAGAUCGAUACACUCUCUGUUAAGCUUCUUCUGGGAAGCCAACGAAGUAUACACAUGGUUUUUCUGUUCUCAAACUGGAAAGGAGCUGGUGCAAUUUGAUGAUGAGGUAGAAUCCGAAGGAAUGCUUCCCCAAAAAAAUAUCGAACCCAAAUCAAGCGUAGGUAGUGAGAAAUCCAUAGAAAUCAACCGCCGAGCCGAGAAGAGAAAGAACACUCACACGAACGGAAGAAUUUUUGCGGUAUCUUGUAAAUUAUGUAAAAUAAAAGGUGUGGAAACCCCGAGUCAUACAUUUUAAUGCAUCAUUAGUCUAAUUAAAAGUUUAUCAAAAAAGAGUAAAACGAACCAUUUUAGCCCCAAUUUACGAAGUGCUAAAAUUUGUUAAAAUUACGCGCAGCAGACGGAAAGGAUCAUCCGAAGAUAGAGAAAUGUAUAAAAUUAGCACGAUGAAGAUUUUCAGAGGAAUCUCAGUUAUUGUAUAAGGGGAAGAAAGAACUGAAUGAAUGAGAAUAAAGCGAAAGUGAAAAUGAGAUAACGAAAAUGUUUAUUUAUGAAGCUAGAUGAAUUUUAUUUAUCCUCAUGCAUAAUCAUGACAUCCAUUCACUCGGCCGGCAGUCCAUCGAGACCCGUUUCUGUGUUCAAAGAGUUUGUUACUUUGUUUCCUUAGCCGGUUUCCA